AUACUAAGGAUGCCGAGUCGGUCCUGCUGCAAUGAACAUGAUCUCCGGGAUCGCAGCAUGUUAUCUCGGAGCGUGAAUGAACGGAUGGAUCAUUAGAAUAAGCAGCUGGGUGACUGAGCAGCGGCCUUGCAAAGAAAGGGAAAGCCGAGAGAAUGACCACUGCAGGUUGGUGGAGGGAGUUUGUCAGACUGGGCUAGCGGGCGCGCGCGUCAACCAUCAGAGAGCGCGCGCUGCGCCCGCCUGCUUAUGAGCUGUUGCGCGCCUGUCAAUCAGCUGUGUGUGCACGCGCAGGGAAGCCGGAACGCGGACGCUUGGACGCCGGGGGAACAGGAGUUGCCCACGGUAACCGUGCGGGAAAGUUCACUUUAAUCAGCAAAGAGACGUGGGUGAUUCCUUCUUUAACCAAGAACGAAGAACAGCAACACCUCAUCAUUCCCUCGGACUCCCUGCCUAGUGAGUAACACGCUUGCAAGUGGAUUUAAAUGUUAUCUUUUAGAGAACAUUGAGCUUUCACUGAAGGAAACUGUUCUUUGGCUGCAAAAGGAGGAAGUAAAUCAGGCUGCUUGUCAUACUGUUGGCUCCCUGUGAGGUGCUUACAUGAGGUAACAACAGGCCAAAACAACCUUCUCGGUGGUUUUUAAGCCAAGAAAUGGGCCAGAAAAUCUCAGGGAAUAUAAAGUCUGUGGAUGUGAGGGAACCAGCCUACAGGCCAGUUAAGCGGGAGUUGCGAGGCCCUGACUUCUGCAAGCCAACUCGGCUUGACAUGUUACUGGACAUGCCAUCAGUUUCUCGAGAGAUUCAACUAAAACAUGCCUGGAACAACGAAGACCGUUCACUGAACAUCUUUGUAAAGGAAGAUGACAAGUUAACCUUUCACAGACAUCCAGUAGCCCAAAGCACAGAUUGUAUCCGAGGUAAAGUUGGCUACACACGUGGACUUCAUGUCUGGCAGAUUCACUGGCCUACGAGGCAAAGAGGAACGCAUGCUGUGGUUGGUGUGGCAACAGCAGAAGCUCCAUUGCAUUCUGUGGGAUACACCUCAUUAGUUGGCAGUAAUAAUGAAUCAUGGGGCUGGGACUUGGGUCGCAAUAAACUAUACCACAAUAGUAAAAAUCAGCCAGGACUAACCUAUCCAGUAUUUUUGGAGCCAGAUGAAUCGUUUGUCCUCCCUGAUAGUUUCUUGGUGGUUUUGGAUAUGGAUGAAGGAACGUUGAGUUUUAUCGUGGAUGGACAAUAUCUGGGUGUGGCCUUCAGAAGUCUAAAAGGGAAAAAACUGUACCCAAUAGUCAGUGCAGUCUGGGGGCACUGUGAGAUAACAAUGAGAUACAUCAACGGACUUGACCCGGAACCAUUGCCUUUAAUGGACUUGUGUCGAAGAUCCAUUCGCCUUUCUCUUGGCAAGGAACGACUGCAUGAAAUAGAGACCCUACCCAUGCCUGUUUCUCUGAAGAAUUAUUUGCAGUACCAGUGAUGAAUAAACUUGGACUAAGCUGGAAAAUCAAAGCAAAGCAAUGGAAAGCUGUAGUUUACAUCAUAUUUUAAUCUGUGGAGGAUUCACAGUUGUUUGAAUUAUCAUAUGACUUCUAAAUAGACAAUGCUUAGAUAGGAAUUAGAGGGGAACCUGUCAUAUGAAUUGAGGAUUAUUUGCAACCAGUGUUAAAAGUAUUCCUAUUUUAGCAGUAAAGCAGUAUCUCAUUAUGAAAUCUUGGUAAUCCUAGAAACCGCUUUAUAUACGUUUGUAAUUUUAGCCUGUUGUCUCUACAAAAUCUACAUUGUACAAAUACAUCCUGUAAUGUUCAGGUUGUAGCUUGAGGAUAAUGCCUUGUAAUUGUUUAGUACUUCCUCCUGUUUAAAACUGAACAUGCAGGUGGAAGAAAUUCUUGAUGCGUAAUCCCCCUUUGGGGCUGUUACGGUAGUUGUUUUUAAAUACAGAGGUAUUGGCUUGUCUACUCAUACUGUGCUAUUAAUUCCAGCAUGAAUGUCGUAUUAGGCUGAUUGAGAUCUGGCUUGUAACAGAUGAUGAAAACAAUAUGCCUUGAAGCCAGUAUGCACGAGCUUCUACUUAUUGCAAAAUUUCCUGUGAAGUUCUGCAUGAAUUUUUAAAAGAAACUACUGAGAGAUUACACAAUAUUCACUCAUACAAAGCUCAAGUCAGUUUUUUUAAUUUUGAACAAGGUUUUGCAGGAAAUGGUUUUGCAUCAUUCAGCUGAAAAACUUUGUUCACCUCAAUGUACUAGUAUGUGUGUGGAAUAGUUUUAUCUGUGCAGAGAACGUAUUAUAACUCUGCUCCAUACCAGUCACUUCACUGGUGUACUACAGACAUUUUCACUUCUGCGUAGGUCAGAUCAUUUUAAGAUGCUGCUUAAUUUUCUGUUUUAAAGUUACCGAUUUUAUUUAGUUUUUAAACUGGAAAUUGUUGCAGUUGCAGGGUGUCGAAUGUAAGGAUGGUGCUGCCUUCAGAGUUUUAAAUGUGAAUUAACUGAAUGAAGAAGUUUCUAAUAAAGUUUACUGUUC